ACAGUAUAAAGCUCAAAGUUUGGGGCUUAGGCUAGUCAUUUGCCAGUGGAGAACAAGACUGGAAAGAAAACCAAACCAAUCAAAUUAAGUGAAGAACUUGGAGUUCAGAAGUCAAUGAUGAAGGCACAAACCCAGGACACCCCAAUAAAACAUCAGGAGCACUUGAAGAGACAAAGAGACAUUCUGGCUUUCCGAAUGAAGAAGCUGUCAUCAAAACAAUCUGACUUUAAUAGAAAGACAGCAACUCUAAAAGAGAAGAUUAAGAAAAAAUAUGAUGACAUGAAGAGGGUUUUGGAUGAGGAUUUUAGAAUUACACUAAGCCAGCUGGAUCUUGAGACAGAGGCCAUGGAGAGAACUGUUGAGGACAGCAUUGAGAAGUGCUACCGCCUCACGCAGGAAAUCGAUCAGCAGCUCGCUGAACUAUCGGCACAGAUGGAGAAAGAUCAACAGGGUCAAGAGAAGACGUCAGAGAUGGAAGAAAGGAUAAUAGAGACUCUGAAGAAGACUGACCCAGAGUUAAUACAGAUGGAUGAAUUUAAGAAUGAACAACUGCUCUGCUUAACCAUCAACCUGCUACUGUUCAUACGCUCUCAGGUUCCUGUAACCAAGAAACUCUUCCAAAGCUAUGCCCAAGAAGUUGUUUUGGAUCCUGACUCUGCUCACCCAAAACUUGUUGUUUCCCCUAAGGGCGACUCAGUCACUUACACUGAUACCUGGCAGGAAGUUUCUGAAAACCCCUCUCGAUUUGACACCACCCUGAAUGUAAUUAGCCGAAAGGGCUUCACAGAUGUUCGAAACUACUGGGAAGUGCAGGUUUCUGGGAAGACAUACUGGGAACUAGGCCUCACAUACCCUAAAAUCCCCAGGAAGGGCCGAGAGGAGGACUGCUGGUUGGGACGGGGUCCAACGUCCUGGUGUGUUGAGUAUUUCAAUGGCGUCUACACAGCCUGGCACAAUGGCGUUCCCCAUGAGCUCACCCAUGUAAGUGGGAGAACCUUCCAGCGCAUUGGCAUCUUCUCCAGCUCAGAGGGAGGUUUGAUUUGUUUCUUGGGGGUCGACACCAUGACGCCCUUGUACAGUUUUUGUGCAGGAACCUUCACAAACUUGCUCUACCAGGCUGUCUGUCCUGGCCAUGAAAACCAAGGGACGAACAGGAACCCACUACUGAUUUGCGAUGCCUCAAAAUCCGCCCCCACCUUGUGAUGGACAACCAAUGAGUGUUGGGGUCUGGGUUUAUCUAAGUGAAAGAGGUUGUUGUUAAGCAUAGCUUGCAAUAAACCAAGUUGUUUAGUUUUUUUUUUUUUUUUUUGGAAUGAUUAGUCGGAAAAUGUUCCUUAGUUUUGUUGUGUUCCUUACACUCUAAAAAAUGCUGGGUUAAAAAAAGUUGGGUUGAAAAUGGACAAACCCAGCAACUGGGUUAAAUGUUUGCCCAACGUGCUGGGCAGUUUUAUUUAACCCAUCUAUUGUUUAAAAAUUACUAUAUGUCUGGCUUAAAAUUAACCCAAAAUAGGUUGCAAAUUAAAAAUCAGAAACAUAAUUACUAGAGGUAACAAUAAUAAUGCAAAGAUGAACAUUUAUUAAUAAGCAAUUCAAUAAAUGUUUAUUGUUUAAUUAUUAUUCAUUAAACUUAUUAAUAAAUAUUCAUUUUUAAAGUGUAUAUUUGACUGAUAUUUCUAGAACAUAUUUGUAUAAAAUAAUCUGUGCCAUUUUUAAAAAAAUAUAUAUUUUACUGUAUGGAUGGGAAACCAUUUAAACAUUUGGGGUCAGAAAUAUAUAUAUAUUUUUUAGAUAAAUUUAUUGAGCAGGGGUGCAUUAAAUUGAUCAUAUGUGACAGUAAAUUAUAUUGUUUCACAAGAUUUCUAUUUCAAAUAAAUUCUGUUCUUUUGAACUUUCUGUUUAUCAAAGCAUCCUGAAAAAAAUAUUGCUGUUUCCACAAAAAAAUAUUGUGCAGUGCAAAGAAAUGCAGCAUAAGAAAUGUUUCUUGAUUAUAUUAGAAUAAUUUCUUAAGAAUCAUGUGACUGGAGUGAUGAUGCUGAAAAUUCAGCUUUGCAGUCACAGGAAAAAAAGUACAUUUAAAAUAUAUUAAAGUAAAACAAACAAACAAACAAAACAGUUAUUUUAAAUUGGAAUUUUUUUCACAAUAUUGCUGAAUUUACUGUAUUUUUUAUUAAAUAAAUGCAGCCUUGGUGAGUAUUAGAGACAAGAAAUUAGUUCAAUAAAGUCUUUUAAUACAAUAAAAUAAGUCUUACAAAGGCAUUCAUUUGAAGUAAAGUAAUUUAAACAAAAAUCAGCCCCACUUUAUACAGUGCAA